GUUAGGCGACCGGGUGCGAAAUGUUCUCUUUAUAGUCCCGACGAGAUAUUGGACAAAAUGACUCGGUUGAAGGAGAAAGUGAAAUUGGGCGAUUCGAUCAUUCCAAAACAACGGCAAAGUUGAUGACCUCGGACGUAACUUGCCCGCCACGGACGGUUCUUUCAGCAACCUUGUCCACCGAAUGAGCUCGUUAUACGGACAGGACAAGUUUGUGGUCUUUCCACUGCUUCGACCAUCAAAUGCUCCUUCCUAGUCAGCCCCGCUCGUCGUGUUCUAGGCUCCCGAGCAUCGACACGUGUCCCUUUCGGCAUCGAAAACUGCGGGUAUCGCACAAUGAGAAAUGCUGUGAUUCCUAGGUAGGCGUCACAUCGUUUGGAAGCGGAACAAGAAAGCGGACGAAGGAGACGAGACGAGACGGGGACGAGGAGGUCGAGGGCAUUCUUAUUGUCAAUCGAUCACCCUGUUUCGGUUUCGCUUUCUCCAUCCAUUGCCACACGUCACGGCGCGGUUUUAGAGGAAUUAAAUUGAAUAGUAUCGGACCAAGAAAUGCCGGACUCUGGGGACGGGACGCCGAAAAGGUAUGUCCAGCCGCCGCCGUCGAUGGCCGCUAGGGCUUCGCGCGGGCCUGGCGCGGAGAGCCAGACUGCAGCGGCGGGGCUCGGGGUGUCGUCGGUUUUGAGGCGGUGGAAAAGGGAAGAUAUGCUGAGGAAAGGCGGGUUGGCAUCGAGGGGAUCGGCUUUCCUGUUCUCGUUGCUCGCUUUCAUUAUAACGGCCAGCAACGAGCACGGUGGCUGGAGAGAUUUCCACAAGUACGAAGAGUACAGGUAUUUGUUGGCGAUCGCGAUUCUGUCGUCCUUGUACACGGGGAUUCAAGCAGUGAGACACAUUCAUCAAAUCUUUACGGGAAAUCAAUUCCUUCAACAACGGACGUCCGCCUUGAUCGAUUUUUGCGGCGAUCAGGUGCUUGAUUUCUCCUUCCCUCAGGUCAUGGCAUACCUUCUAAUAUCAGCGGCAUCCGCAGCCAUUCCCAUGACAGAUAGGAUGAGGGAGGGAACCAACGACAUGUUCACGGACUCAUCUGCGGCCGCUAUCACCAUGGCUUUCUUGGCCUUCUUCUCGUUGGCGCUGUCGGCAGUUAUCUCCGGAUAUAGACUGUCGACGCAGUCUUAUAUCUAGUCUUCGAUCUCUUUGUAUCUAAGGAUGGUUUGAUUUUUGCUUUCACCAACAAUACAUAAUCCAUCCGUGCGGUGUGAAAUGGAUUGAAUUGUAAAUUAAUCUUCAAGAGAGUGCGGGUUUCACUCCGAUUUCAAGAAUAAAAGAAUGAAGUUGGACUAGUGCCAAGUAUUUCUUGCU